GUAAAAUUGUAUAUAGACCAACUUACGUUAACAAUUUGCUCUAAGUUUUAGUACAGUUUACGUUAAAUUCUGGUCAUAAUUUAGUUUUAGAAGAAGUAUUUCUGUAUUAAAAGAAACGUGUCAUCUUUAGGAAGAAACACACUCUGAUACAGAUAUGGAGGGACCUGGGAAAUGUAUGGCAGAAGAAGAUCUGUCCUCCAGAGAGCUGACAACAUUCCCACAGGAAGUCUUACAUAACACAUAUGUAGAAUACCUUUUGCUUGAUUAUAAUGAUAUAACAGAACUUCCUGCAGAUAUUGGGGAACAUAUUCAGUUGCUGAAAUGCUUCUCUGCAAUUGGAAAUAGCUUCUGUGUUAUACCUGAAUCAUUUGGGAAGUUAACACAAUUGGAAGAAGUUUAUUUGAAUGAAAAUGGGCUGAUAAAAUUACCAGAUUCAUUAUGUAAAUUAAAACAUCUUGUGACAUUGAAAUUAACAGGUAAUCAGCUGGAUCUACUGCCAGAGGAUUUCGGUGAAUUGACAGCAUUAGAAAAAUUCAAUUGUGAUGAAAAUGUGUUGUGCAGACUACCAAAAACAUUUGGUUUGCUAGAAAAUUUGAAAGAAUUAGAGUUGGGCUGCAACAGUAUUGAGACUUUAUCUGAAGGCUUUGGUAUGCUGAGGUCUCUAGAAGUGUUGAAUCUCAGUAGUAACAAACUUUCCUCACUGCCAGAAAGUUUUGGCAGUUUGCCAAAUCUUAAAACUUUAGAUCUCUCCGCAAAUGAUAUCAAAUUUUUGCCGUCACAUUUCAAAUCUAGUCAUUCUUUACAGAAGAUGUAUGUAGACAGUAAUCUUUUACAAGGAUUGCCAGACUGGGUCUCAGACCUUGAAAAUAUUGUAGAAUUUUCGGUAAAAGAUAACCAGUUUCAGCACCAGGCGUUACCGGAUAGCUUUCCUAUAACUUGUACAAAGCUGAAACGUUUAGAUAUGAGUGGUAACUUUAUGUCAAACUUACCAAGCACUUUAGGUGAAUUGGGCAAACUUGAAUUUCUCCAUCUUGGCAGUGUGAUUGGGGAAUUAGAGAGAAGAAACUUCCAGAAUGGCAACUGGCUAGCAGAAAUACCAGACAGUAUUUGUUGCUUAACCAGUUUAAAAGAACUCCAUAUUGAUGAAAACCAGUUGAGUGAUCUUCCACAGAAUUUUGGAGAACUGAUUUCUUUGGAAAUACUGGAUCUAGGUCAGAAUAUGCUUCAUGUAUUGCCUGAAUCAUUUGGCAACUUAACAUCUUUGAGGAUAUGUAUGUUAUCAAAGAAUCAUUUAAUGUGGCUGCCGAGUAACUUUGGUAACCUGUUAUCACUGGAAGAUCUCAGGCUGGAUGAUAAUGAGCUUGCAGAGCUACCAGAAUCGUUCAGUAAACUUAGUAAAUUAAAGACUCUUGACUUGUUCAGCAACAGACUAACAGAGAUUCCAGGAGCUCUACACUGCCUUAAAAACCUUGUGAGAUUGGAUUUAGAUUGUAAUGAUUUUCAAGUACCACUAAGUGAUGUACCACAGAUUGUGACAAAGUCCAAGUACCCUGAGAGAGAUCCUAACUUGAAGGACAACUGGAGAGGGAGACCGAGGCAGGAUCUCUCAAACCUCGACAAUAAAAUCAUCAAAGCUCCAGACUAUGGUCCUCUUGACGAUUUCGAACCACCGCCACCUGAUCUUAACUUAAGCGAGGAUUGCCUUGUUAUGGCGAUGAAAAGGAACAUGUCUAUAUGGAAGAGUCAUUCAGACACAAGUAACUCACAGCGUCGGCCUUACAGGCGAAAACAUAGAACGAGAAUUCAAUAUGACUCUGACUCUGAUAGAAACAAUGAGGAUGGUGAAAUCAACCAUCAUAAUCUUGAUAUUGAUAAUGAAUGUGAUGGUGGUUAUGAUGAUAGUGGAACAGACUAUGAUAAUGCCAGUGAUGAUGAUGAUGAUGAUGUUGAUGAUGACUUUGAGCCUCCAAUUUAUGUGCAACCUACAGAGUGGAGUGGUAUGAAGAAGUCAUCAUGUGAGCCAAAUGAAGGAACACAUGUAAAUGUUCGAGCCAUGUUGGAGGAAACAGAAUGUUGGGAUGAAGAAGUUGACGCAAAUGCUCAGCAGUUUGAUGAAACUCCAGUAUAUGUGCAUCCCACGAAGCUGUACUACACACCUAUUGAUAAUGGGAAGUUUACAUUUACUCCGUUUGACCUUCAUGAACAGAGUUAUGUGAAGAGACCAGAAAGAUACAUAGUGGAAGAUGGUCAGUUUGAGAACUGUGAUAUAGAUGAUACCGAGGAUAUUCACGUAGAUCCACUAUUCUGAAGGAAAAUGGGAAACUGGAGGUGUUGUCUAUCAAGUUGGAACACAUCAUUGUGUGCUGUUUGGUUUCUUUCCACUAUCCUGUGCAAAUAAUGAAUAUAAAGAUGCUUGUGAACAAUAUAAAUGUGCUUUAUGGUCCGCUCUAUUAAUUUAUUCAGCAUAGAGAAGAAGAGCUAAUGUAUCAUCAACCAAGCAUGUAAGCAUAAUGUUCUCCAUGUUGCUCACAAUAAGACUGGUAUACCUCGACAUAUGGUGCUCCGUUCAGUCGUAGCAAAAUGUAUUUAUUAUUAUUAAGCAUGUCAAUGCUUCACAUUGCUCUUAUCAAGAACCAGUAUGUCAAGUGUAAGAUGUUACGUCAUGUAAGUACCAUUGGCAGAAUAGCAGUAGAGAUGCAAUAUUACCUAGAGCUAUGUUUUCUUAUGUGUAAAAAGUAGUCCUGAAAUUAUAUAACAGUAUUUCCAGCGGAUGUAUUUCAAGCCACUGGCCCAGGUUGAAGUUUGAAAGUACUUUCUUGUUUAAAUACUUACCUCUACAAGUUAGUGAUACAGAUAUUUUGCUCAUAAGGUUCUCUGAACUUCAGUCUUGUGAUUUAUAUUGAUUUUUAGCUCAUCUGAUUUUUUGAAAAAAAAUGAUGAGUUAUUGUCAUCACUUGAGCGGUUGUCGGCGUCGGCGUCGGCGUCGGCGUCUGCGUCGGCGUUGCCUGGUUAAGUUUUAUGUUUAGGUCAGCUUUUCUCCUAAACUAUCAAAGCUAUUGCUUUGAAACUUGGAAUACUUGUUCACCAUCAUAAGCUGACCCUGUAUAGCAAGAAACAUAACUCCAUCUUGCUUUUUGCAAGAUUUAUGGCCCCUUUUGUACUUAGAAAAUAUCAGAUUUCUUGGUUAAGUUUUAUGUUUAGGUCAACUUUUCUCCCAAACUGUCAAAGCUAUUGUUUUGAAACUUGGAAUACUUGUUCACCAUCAUAAGCUGACCCUGUACAGCAAGAAACAUAACUCCAUCUUGCUUUUUGCAAGAUUUAUUGCCCCUUUUGGACUUAGAAAAUCAGUUUUCUUGGUUAAGUUUUAUGUUUAGGUCAGCUUUUAUCCUAAACUAUCAAAGCUAUUGCUUUAAAACUUGCAACACUUGUUCACCAUCAUAAGUUGACCCUGUACAGCAAGAAACAUAACUCCAUCCUGCUUUUUGCAAGAUUUAUGGCCCCUUUUGGACUUAGAAAAUCAGUUUUCUUGGUUAAGUUUUAUGUUUAGGUCAGCUUUUAUCCUAAACUAUCAAAGGUAUUGCUUUAAAACUUGCAACACUUGUUCACCAUCAUAAGUUGACCCUGUACAGCAAGAAACAUAACUCCAUCCUGCUUUUUGCAAGAUUUAUGGCCCCUUUUGGACUUAGAAAAUAUCAGAUUUCUUGGUUAAGUUUUAUGUUUAGGUCAACUUUUUUUUCAUAAACUAUCAAAGCUAUUGCUUUGAAACUUGCAACACUUGUUCACCAUCAUAAGCUGACCCUGUACAGCAAGCAGCGUAACUCCAUCCUGAUUUUUGCAAUAAUUAUUGCCCCUUUUGGACUUAGAAAAUCAUUUUCUUGGUUGAGUAUUAUGUUUAAGUCAACUUUUCUCAUAAACUAUCAAAGCUAUUGCUUUAAAACUUGCAACAGUUUUUCACCAUCAUAAGUGGACACUGUACAUCAAGAAACAUAACUCUAUCCUGCUUUUUGCAAGAAUGAUGGCCCUUUUUAGACUUAGAAAAUCAUGGGUAGGACAAUAUUUCUAUUACACAAAAAAAAUCAAAUGAGCGUCAGCACCCGCAAGGCGGUGCUCUUGUUAUACUGUGUGUUGUCUUUAAGGCAACAUGUUUAAAUGUUUAACUUGAGGCUUUAAUAUUGAUCUUGUUAAUAGAACUUACAUUUCAUAGAAAAGAAUGCAGUAUCUAUGGAAAAAACUAACCAAAUUACUGUUUUAAAUGUUACAGAUUAGAAGUAAAUGAGAUCUGUUGUGACUUUAUCUGAAAUUAAGACAUAAAUUCCAACGUUUUUUUAGCAUAAAACUUACUGAAGGUACAUGUAUCAGCAGGUUGUGUUUUAUUAAAAUUUAAGUAUUCCUAAAUUGGUUUACAAAAUUAAUAAAAUAAUGAAUAGAGCAAAGAAGUAUAUAGUGUAUUUUUCCAUUCAUUGAAAUAAAAAAAUGAAAAAAUUAGGCAUUUUUUAAAAACCAUAUAGGUUAUUUGCGUUUUUAUUUUAGAGUUAAAAAUCUUCAUUCUUGUUUACGCUAAAUUAUACUUUAUUGUAGAAUAUGUAAUUUUUGCUUAAUGUUGCUGUCAGGCAGAAAACAGUCAUUUUGCAUUGUUAAGAACAUGUUCUUCCUCACUGAUUAUACUUUUUAUUAUGCUUAUCAAUAUUUAGGAUGGUUUCAGAGUUUUUUUGUAGCUCUCCACAAAUAUUAGUGAAAACAAAAUCAUUGUGAAUAUAACUUUUUUUACAGUAUUUUAAAUAUGAUGUUAAUUUGUUUUUAUUUUAAAUUGCAUGACAGUGGCAGAUUGUUUCUCACCAGAAAGACAUUGGCAAGAAAUGGGAAGCAAGCUGGUGGAAUUGAAUUUGAUUUUGUGAUCAAAUAAAUAAUUCAGUUUGAUUUUCUUCUUCUGUUAAGAUAAAAGAAUUUUAUAUUAUGUUAAUUUUGUAAUUUUAUGUAGUAAAUAAAGAAUCAGGGAAAAGGUAGGUAACUUACAAAGCUACUGAAUUAAAUAAAAGUCUAGUCCUGUAGGUUUUUAGAACUACUGGUAGUUGUUUUGCCUUUACACUGUUUUUUGUUCAACAAUUCACAGAAUAUGGAGGGCUAAAUUGUGCUCGCCCCAGUGUCUGUGUCAGCUUCUGUGUUGGGUUAAAGUUUUUUAUGAAGUCCAAUAUCUUCUUCAUUACUAAAGAUAUUCAAUGUAAAUUCAUCUUUGUUCUAUAUAAGAUGUUUUUAUUUACAUGUAUAUAGACUUGUUUUCCACUUUACACUCCAGAUAUCUUUAUAGCUAAUGUACUGUUAAUUCUAAAAUGAAUGAACAACAGUUUCCUUUAUUGAUACAGUCUAAAACUUUUUUUUCAGAUUACCUCCCUUACAUUAAAAUAUAUGAGAUUUUAUUGAGUUUGCUGAAGUGAAUAAUAACUGAACUAAAUUAUGCUAUGGAAAUCCAUAAAACAUAGAUAAACAAACUUUUUAAAUGUAUAAGAUACAUAUUUUUAUGAUUUGUAUAAAAAAUCUUUUAUAAGUAUUUUAACCUGUGAAAACAAAGUGUAAUAUGGCCUAACACAAAUGUUCUCCAUAAUGAGUAGGGAUGUGCUUUAAGUUAAUGAAAAUUGUCAAACCAUUAAUAAAUGGUCCAUGACAUGAUCAUCCACAAACUAUUUUUAUGUAUUUCAUCUUUAUAAUGUCCCUAAAAUAAACACAGUCUGAUACAGUUUCCACUUUUAACUGUUAAUAUGCAUGUACCUAAAUGAUUUCUAAUUUGUCAUGAUUGUUACAUCUUUGUUCACUGUGUUCAAAGUAACUAUAAAUACUGGAAUGAUGAUACUGCUCAAAAUUGAAAAGUAUAGCUGAUGCACAGGAAUUUUGUCACAACUAGUUAAUAAUUUGACGUAGAAAUUUUGACUGAUUGCCAGCAAUAUUAAUGAGUUAUAAUGUUGUGCUAAACACCCAGACCCACCAGGCUCAGAAAACAAGGUCACUGAGGUCAAAGGUAAACUUGGUACUAAUGGGUGUGUUUCAUGUCUGGUUCAUAACUCUGCAAUCCAAGAAGGGAUUUUAAUAUUAUUUGGCUCAGGUGUUCCCCAUAAUAAGAAAACAUGUCAUGCUCAAAGCCAGAUCCCUAGCUUAAAGGUCAAGAUCACACAAAGAGGCCAAAGGUCAACAAGGUUUUUUUCUGUCUGCACAAUAUCUCAACUCUCCAUCAAGUGAUUUUAAUAUUACGUGGCACAAAUGUGUCACAUAACAAGACGAUAUGUCUUGUGCAAAAUGUCAUGCACCACACUCAUCCCUAGUUCAAAGAUAAGUGUCAGAUUAAGUGGCUUUUUUUGAGGGGUUGGGGGUGGGUGGGCAGGCCUGAACCUGGUCAUUUUGUGAAAAACAGCCCACUAUUUGGGAAACUUAAAAAACAUAUGCACUAUCUUACAAAACAGACAAUUCAAAUAGUAAUGGUAAAAUGGCUUUAAUUAGUAACUCAUAGACUUAAAUUUCUUAUUCAAUGAAGAAAAAAAGCACACACUGAAACACUCUGUAUAUCAGGAAUGUUCAAUAGAAUCUGCCCUGGAUUAUAUAUGAUUUUAUCAUCUGUUAUUUCAGGAGAACAUGUUGUAUAUUUGUCAGUAUCUCCAUAUUAAUUUACUUCUUGAUACCAAAAUCAAAAUGAUUAUGUUGUUGUUUAUCAUUGUUUAUUUGUGCACUUUAUGGAUUAGGUGUUUAGGUGAAAGGGAUUGUAUUGGCCAUGAUCAUAAAUAUUUGCAGAUAUUUUGAUUUUUUAGCUCACUUGAACCAAAAUGUUCUGGAUGAGCUAUUAGUAUAGAUGGAUGUUCGAGUUUCCAUUGUCCACCACUUAUAUAAACAUCUUCUUCUCCGAAACUGCUGGUCAGAAUUGCACCAAACUUGGUCUAGCAUCAUGGUAAAGUCCUCUCAUAAGUUUUUUUUUGUUUCAAAUGGUUCUGCUUGACCUCUUUUAGGGUCACCUAUAGUUAAAAAUAGAAAAAAACCUUUAAACAACUUCUAAUGAACCGCUUGAUGGAUCAUCACUAAACUUGGUUUGUAGCAUUAUUACAAGCUCCUUUACGAAAUGUAUUCAAAUGGGGACACUCAGCCUUUAAUACCUUUAUAAUUUUAAACAACAUCUCAUAAACUGAUGGAUCUGCAUCAAACUUGUUCUGUAGCAUCAUUAUAAAGUAUUCUUUCAGGUCUGUUAAGAUUGUCCUGGGGGCCUCCGUGGCUGAGUGGUUAAGGUCCCUGACUUUAAAUUACUUGCCCCUUAUCGAUGUGGGUUUGAGCCUCACGCUGGGUGUUGAAUUCUUCAAGGAGGAAGCCAUCCAGCUGGCUUACGGAAGGUUGGUGGUUUUACCCAGGUGCCCACUCGUGAUGAAAUAAUGCACGGAGGGGCACCUGGGGUCUUCCUCCACCAUCAAAGCUGGAAAGUCGCCAUAUGACAUAUAGUUAUGUCCGUGUGACAUUAAACCCAACAAAAUAAAUAAGAUUGUCCUUGGCCCCUUUUAGGUGUUGAGUGCUAUAAGUAGAUAAAACCUUGAAAUGACUUCUUCUCAUGAACUACUAAGUAAACCUUCAUGACACUUGGUCUGUAGCAUCAUUGUAAGAUCCUUCCAGUUUUGUCCAAAUAGUAGUACUUAGCGUUUUUAGGGCCCACUAAUCUAUACUAAAAUCUAAACACAGUUUUUACACAUGAUUCAGCAUGUCAUACAUUUAUUCAAGGUCAAACAGUCAAGGUUAGAGGAGCGAACUAGGACCACUACGGCUGUCUUGUUUUCGGUAUUUUGUUUAUAUCUUUUUAUGCCCCCGAAGGGAGGCAUAUUAGUUUUCAACUGUCCGUCCGCCCGUCCGUUUGUUCGUUCAUUCGUUCGUCACAACGUUAAGUUUUUGCAUGAAAGCACUUUACUCACGAACCACUGCACCCAGGACCUUCAAACUUCAUAUACUGAUAGUACUUAUUGAGUACACGACUCCUACUGACUUUGGGGUCACCAGGUCAAAGGUCAAGGCGCUGCGGGGGCAUUUGUCACCAUUAGUGACAACUCUUGUUUCUGAAUAAUUUUGAAAUGCUGGCUUUAGUUAACAUCUGAAUAGUGUUACAUGUAAACAGAUGUUUCAAUAACAUUUUUUUUUGUUUUGUAUUUUAUAUGUCUCACAAUGGUAAAUUGCAUAAAAUGCUCAGGAUCACGUUAAUAAAUUGUUUGAUAGAUCUUUUUAUUGAUUUUGACAGGUAAUGAUUACAUUGAAUAAAUUUUAAAGAAGAUGGGUAACAUAAUAAAAACUUUGAAAGCUUA